CUCCUCAAAGGCGCACAGGAGGUGCGCUUGCGCAAGCGUCUGAAGCCGGAGUGUGGCGGUGAGCUGCAGGAGUUCUGCAUCGAGGAUUUCGACGACUUCGAGGGCAUUCAAGACGAGGAGACCUUCUUCACCAGCAGCGAACGACAAGUCAUCGUCCGGUACUACUUGAUGAGUCUGCGUGCCAUGGAAAACGACGCCUGGGAUGACCACAUCAAAUUCUCCCACGGCCAGGCCAUCAUGCCAGUUCUUCUCGCAGCGGGCAAAGUCGCCACCAUAUUCCCCCUCCACGACCGCAACGCCCUCUCGACGCUGCACAGCCUCUGGGUGCGUGGAUUCACCCACCGCCAGCCCCUCGACCUCGUGGCCGAGUACUUCGGGGUGAAAAUCGCGCUGUACUUCGCGUGGCUCGGCCACUACACCACCGCCCUUCUCUUCCCCGCGGUGUUCGGCCUCCUCUGCUGGGCCCUUCUGCCUGCCGGGCUGUUUCGCACUUCACUCACGUCCUUUUCUGACGAAAUGCGACGUCGCCAAGCGAUCGCUCAAGACAGGGCUGUGUGGCGUUGCGUGGAGCAGUCCUUGGGCACAUUAGUGGCUGGAUCUCGUGUUGUGGAGGGUGGCAUGUCAGUUCUUGCGGUUGUUGUCAGUGUCGACGGCGACUUGAGACGUAGUGCUUGA